GCAAACAGAAUUCUGUUCCAAUGCUAGCUUUUGGAAACUAAUAGAAGCUUCUUCUGCCCUCUCUUUCAUAAAUGUGGUUUUUCGUCUUCUGUCCAAUUAUUGGGGUAAAGUUGAGUGAGCAAGUAGAAAUCUGAGAUAAUAUAUUGUUCGUCAAUUUUAUUAAUCCAAGCAAACUUUUAUCCAUAAUCCCCCGAAUACUUACUUGCCGGAGUCAUAUUUGAAUAGUUCGCAGGUUGGGCAUACAACAGUAACACGUACAAGUCUACAAGAACCUUUUGACGUCACCUCACGCCGAUGACGUAGAAAGGAUGACAUGUUUUUAUACGCAUGCGUGAAACGCGUCGCUUGGUUUAUGAUUUUUGGCGUCCUCUAGCGGCCCUCGCUGAGAGUUUGUGUUGGGUGAACGUUGUCAUAGAAACUGUCUCAUGAGCCUUGGAGUUUGAAACAUGGCUAACAAAAUGACCUCCAUGCCCGACUUUAAAACCUACCGCACGAACGUGAAAAUCGGAAACUGGAACGAGGAGCAGCACUUAGAAGAGCAUGUGAGGAGCAAGUACAUGCGUAGAAGAGAAAAGGGGGAGCUGACUGCCCAAAGAGUCGACUUUCUCAAGCACAACAUCCUCAGUCCGGUGGAACUGAGCGUAACUACGGAUGGCGCACUGCACUUUGGAGAUGUUGUGAUGUUGCUGAACGUCGGUGACACCGGCGAAUGUUCAGUGCUGGGCAUCAACGCAUACAUUGACCACAUGACCAAGAUUCCUUCUCCUGGCAUUAAAGGUCCGUGUGGAGUCAGUGCUGGGAGAAGCAUUCAGCCCUGUGUGCGCACGGCAUUCAUUAUUACCAGUGUGGACGGCACUCCCGAAGGAGCAACUCUGCAUUACGAGCAAAGUUUUGCCCUGAAAACAACAAGUGACUUCACAGGUGGAAUGUACCUGACGAGUGACGUGCAGACCUUCCGGAAGUGCGCGCUCAGGUCUCGUCUUCAGGAGGUCAACUUGGACGAGAGGGAAUGCUUCCUAUCCUGGUGGAAGUUGGUGCACUUUGACCCCCAGGAGAGGCUCGAGCAUGAGGGUUUGCCCGUGCCUGCCAACGUCAACGUGGUGGUCCUCCACUGCAAGACAAACCAGGCUCUAGCUGUUAUGGAACAUUUUGUCCUUGGGACCAUAUAUGGCAAUGAGUACGAGGUGACCGCUCAUACUUUCUUGGACACCCACAGAGCUGAAAAGUCCAACAACCACUGGAUCCUUUGCACCGCUGACCCGGAUGCAGAAGGCCUCCUGCUUCUCAAUCGCCUGAAAUCAGAGGGCAACUGCGUAUCGUUGCCACGGGAAAACCCAGAAGAUCCAACGGAGUAUAUCAGAUGUAGUGUGUGUAAUUAUAGGGAAGACAGGUAAUCGAGGUGUUGAAAAAAAAGAGUACUCGAUGAUAAUAAUAAUAAUAAUACAUUUUAUCUAUGUUUUAAUGAUUACA